AUGUUAUCUACUAUGCACCAUCAUCUCGAAAGCAUAUAAGCGCUGUGAUUAAUAGCACAUUAAAUGCAUCAGGAAACGCGGAAACACUUCACCACAUAAUGAACGUUCAACAUUUAGAUUAUAUUGAAUGUGUGCUUUAGCAAAAGAAUCGUCCGAAUAUUUCCAUAAAACUGUUCUUAAGACUUUGAAUGUUCGUUUAAUCAAAUCAAAUUCUAAUAGUCAUUUAUUCGUUGAGACUCGUAUGGGCUUUCAAAGUUAUGUGAGAUUAGAGUAUUCAAGAAUGUUACAACAUAAUAGCCGGAAGUCGAGAUAUGAAAUAACUGAAAUUAUUAAGACUCAAAUGUAAUGGUUAACAUAGAAAAUUAUUAGAGAAAAUAAGUAGAAAAAUUCAAUAAUAUCUGACAAGAAUCCACUAAGCACCAGUAGGCCACUUAUAAUAAUGUACAGCGGUAACUCAAGCUCAACAUCUAGCUAUUUUGCUGAUUACAAUGGGACAACCGAUAUUAGUGAGGAACUUUUUUCAGAAUUUGCUGUCAACACAACAAACUCUUCAACCUAUCCAGAUUUCGACUGUCCACCUAAUCAUAUGCCAAUGGCAAAUAUAUUUUUCAUGGUCAUGUAUUGUUGCAUAGGUUGCGUUGGAUUGUUAGGCAAUACUCUAGUUAUAUAUGUGGUGUUGCGAGAAAAAAGAUUGCAAACGGUUACGAACAUCUACAUUUUGAAUUUGGCUAUUGCAGACGAAUGCUUCUUGAUCGGAAUUCCAUUUCUGAUUGCCACAAUGAAUAUGGGCCAUUGGGUAUUCGGUGGUGCGAUGUGCAAAGCAUAUUUGGUUAGUACAUCGAUUACACAGUUUACUUCGUCGAUAUUCUUGUUUAUUAUGUCAGCCGAUCGUUAUAUAGCCAUAUGUCAUCACAUUUCCUCGCCCCGGUUUAGAACACCCUGUGUAUCCCGGGUAAUUUCACUAAUAGCUUGGUGCUGUUCAGCAUUGAUCAUGUUACCCAUAAUGAUUUAUGCGAAUGUAUUGGAACAGCAGAAUGGCCGUUUUACAUGUGCAAUCAUUUGGCCAGACAGCCACUCUAUCAUUUGGCCAGGCUUAUAUUCAUUCACAAUUUAUUCACUAGUUCUUGGCUUCAUAAUCCCAUUGUGUUUUAUACUAUUAUUCUACUGCCUAGUUAUAAAAAAAUUGCGAACCGUUGCAAAAAAAACGAAUCGGCCAAAAGGGAAGCGUCGAUCUCACCGUAAAGUCACCAAACUAGUACUUACAGUAAUUACCGUCUAUAUAUUUUGUUGGCUACCAUACUGGGUGGCCCAGGUAUCUCUUAUCAAUUCACCAAUCGAAAUGUGCAGUACACGAUUGAAAGUUACAUUAUUUCUAUUUGUUUGUUGGCUUUCCUAUUCGAAUAGUGCCAUGAAUCCGAUUCUUUACGCGUUUCUCAGUGAUUCAUUCAAGAAUUCCUUCCUGAAGGCAUGUACUUGUGCGGCAACAAAAGACUUGGAUGCACAACUGAAACUAGAACAUAGUGGUAUCGGUAUGAGAAGGUUGAGAGAUCGUCGAACAUCCGAAUCAACUCAACCAACACUUACAACUCGAUGCCAAAGAGUUUCUGAACUCACAACAACUGUGACCACAACAACCGGCACAUCAAACGUUCCAUCACGUAAUCCUAGCCCACCAAUUCGCCUUACCAAUGGCUCAAUUCAACAACAUUACUUUUGUUCGGAUGAAACACUUGGUUCUGGCGAAGUCAUUGCAGGAAAUGGACAACGGAUCUUCUAAUCUUACCAUAUUUUGCAUCAUGAUUCACUCACCAUUU